UCCGCACAGCCAAGCAGUGUAAGCCGGGCAGGGAGGGCCCCGCCGUGGUUGCCAUAGUAACAGGCUGCGACCGGUGCUAGUUGUUACGCGCUGGUUGCUAUAGUAACAGAGAAAGGUCCGGGGGAAAAUGGCGGUGCAGCUGUGGCUGGAGAGCCUGAGAGCGGCUAAGAAGACGUGUAUCCUGCAGGACGGCAUAAGAAAAGUGCACUACCUGUUUGCAGAUGGGAAGGAGAUGGUGGAAGAGUACGACCACAAGACACAGGAGUUAUUGGUGAGGAAAUGGAGACAGAAGUCAGCCCUGGGUGCACAUGCUGAAUGGCAAAUUGAAGUUGGGGAAACGCCAGCACCGGUGGUCGCAGUGCUACAAAAUGAUUUCCUAAAAGAAAACAGUUCCAAUCAGCAGUCCACAUCAUGGGUUUGUUUUGUGCAGCCUGUUUUUAUGAGGAAAGACACCAAGACAGCCUUUCAGUGGAGAAUCCGCAAUCUGCCUUACCCUAAAGAUGUGUAUAGUGUGUCAGUAGACAAGACUGAGCGUUGCUGUAUUGUACGGACGACCAACAAGAAGUAUUAUAAAAAGUUCUGCAUUCCAGACCUGGACCGAUGUCACUUAGAACUGAAUGAGAGUGCUCUAAGUUUUGCCCAUGGAAACAACACUUUAAUCAUAACGUAUCAGAAACCAAAGGAAAUCCUGUCAGUGGAAGAAGAGCUACAGAAGGAGCUCAAGUCAUUGAAGGCCAACUCAGAGGGUGACGUGGAGUGUAAGACUCAAUGACCUGCAAGUGAUCAACGUUCUAAUUUAUGUCUAUAGUUUUGUAAUA